AUGUUACCAGAGUGGAAUGCCUAUGUUGGAGAAGAGUUUGGUGAGGUUUCUUUUUGUGUAAUGUUGAUUGAUCCGGUCAAGUACAUACACCAUGUUGUAAUACCAGCAGUUGACCGGAAUGAUGAUGAGGAUGGCAAUGAGGACGGGGAGGGAAAGGCAAGCAGAAACCAAAGGAGAAAUAAGGAGGGAUUUGCUUUGGAGGUGGAUACCUAUGGGCUUCCAGUCAUACCGGAUAUUAAGCCACUUAACCUAGAGGACAAAAAGUCUCUUAUCUGGACAUUCCUCACAAAACACUACAGGUUUUGCAGUCAAAAGCCAAAGGCGUCUGUUCCUUGGUCUGCAGUGAUGGAGGCUCAGGAAGAUUUUAUUGAGGCCAAGUUUUUACCUACCGGCGGGAAAAUCAAGGACCCGUUGAAGCUUCAGUUCCAUGAAGCCGACCAGCUCUUAGAGUUCUGGCAUCAGCGACAAAAGGACAAGGUUUGGCCAACAUUUGAAUUCAAAGGCUGGCAAGACCAUGACAAGGAGAUGAGAGAACCAAUGGACAAGAUCACAGGGUACAACUCUAGCACUAUAUGCAGUCUAGCGACAGCAAGGACCAGAGUCCUGGUUAAGAAACCAACUGGCAAGCCAACCGGAAAGUCAUCUGGGAAGCCAACUGGAAGAGUGGAACCGGAGUCGAGUACUGAGGAUGAGGAUAAGGAUGAAGACGAUGAAGUCCAAUCACUGCCUUCCAAGCCGAAAUCAACCGGAAAGCGGGGAAGAGCUGUCCAAUCUGUUCCUGUUAAACAACCUUCUGCCAAGUCGACCGGAAAGUCAUCUGGGAAGCCAACCGGAUGGGUGGAACAGGAGUCGAGUAGUGAGGAUGAGAAUAAGGAUGAAGAUGAUGAAGUCCGAUCACCGGCUUCCAAGCUGAAAUCGACCAGAAAGCGGUGUGAAGAAGUAAAGGUGACUGGCCAGCAAGAAAGCUAG